AUGGCUGGAAAGGAGCUAGAAGACCAGACAAAGAACCUCCUCGAAGAUGAGGCUUUAUCUGGUGACUCAUCAGAUGAUGACCUGCAAGAAAUGGGGACUGGUGGCUCCAGGAAGAUCUUUUUCCAAAUUUAUAUAUUCAUCCUAACUUUCUUCACUUAUGCUACACUCCAUAUUAGUCGAGAGUCUUGGUCAUUCUUGAAAGAAAAGGUCAAAGAGAAGGAAUCCCCUGGAAUUGGCCUCAGUAGUGAUGACCUAGGCACAAUAGAUAUGUUCUUCUUUUUUAUCUACUCAAUAGGCAUCUUCAUUAGUGGUAUUUUAGGCGACAAUCUUAACAAAAAUUUAUUGAUAGGGUGUGGCUAUUUGAUAACCUGUGCAGCAUCAAUCAUGAUCGGCCUAGGCGGUCUCUGGGAUAUCAGAUCAGUAUGGUAUUAUGUAGGCUUCUUUUCACUUAACGGAAUCGGCCAAUCCGUCGGCUGGCCUUCCGUCAUAGCAAUCAUGGCCAAUUGGUUCCCAAAGAAAGGUCGAGGGUUCUGGUUCGGAGUCUGGGCUGCAAACCCUAAUGUAGGAAACAUACUUGGGACUCUUAUCUGAAGUCUUACUAAUGACCAAUUUGGCCUUGAAUGGAGCUGGACUUGGAUUAUCGUGGCUAUUAUCGUAGGAGUUUUUGGCAUUAUCAAUUUCAUUUUUAUGAUAGAGCAUCCUGAUAAGGUAGGAAUCAUCAUCCGUGAUGAACAAGAGGAGCGAGAAGCGAUGCUUGAGCAAGAACAAAGACCUAACACUUCUGAAGAGGAAAAUAUUAAUCUCACCCAGAGAAAUGGAGAUUCAACAAUAGAUGGGAAUCAAAGUCCAAAUAAUGAUGGAUUGGAUAAAGCAGCUCCUCCCAAUAUCAACUUUUUUAGAGCUUGGUGUGUUCCAGGAGUCAUCCAAUAUUCGAUUUGAUAUUUAUGACUCAAGCUAUGAAAUUAUGGGAUCAUGUUGUGGUUGCCUACUUAUGUUAGUGAAGAGCUCCUGUUUACCCCGAGCCAGAAGGCUCUUAUCGCUAUUCUCUAUGACAUUGGAACUAUCAUAGGGAGUAUAUCCCUAGGGUUCCUGACAGAUAUGUUAUAUGGUAAGAGAAUCCCAAUUUGUUACGUCAGCUUGCUUAUUGCUACUGUGUUUCAUUCCUUUCUCAUUUUCUUAGGAAGUAGUCAAAAAGUCCUGAUUUUUAUUGUGAUUUUCAUCCUAGGCUUUUUCAUUGGAUCUAUUUCAAAUAUGGUUGCAAGCACAGCCUGUGCUGAUAUUGGAAAGCAUGCUUCAAUCAAGGGUAAUGAAUCUGCUCUUUCAACAGUGACAGGAAUUGUUGAUGGCACAGGGUCUUUAGGGGCAGCAGCCGGCCAGAAAGGAAUCGGGUAUAUACAAGACCACGCAAGCUGGACAGCUGUUUUCAUCAUGAUGACUUCCUUUGUGUUUACCAGUUCAAUCCCAAUUUCAUGUAUUUUUAUCAGAGAAAUCAAGGAAAUCAUAAAUCUAAGAAGAGUUGCAAAGCAAGAGAAGGUUAAAACCAUCAAAUAGUAUAAGAUAUUAUCUUCGGUAUCUAUCCAAUUUUCAAGCAUUUUA